UUAAAGUGUGUGUUGUUGUUUAUCAAAUUGUAUCAAAUGUUCCAUUAAUUAAUUGAUAUAAUUAAUUAAAAGUAUUUGUUUUUAAUUCGACUCAAAUUAUUUUUAGUUAAUCAACAACAAACCUGACAAUUAUUGGAGUCCAAAAACAUAAUUUUUUGCUCAAGUUUAUAAACAAUAACAAUUGUUGUAAGCUUUGUCAAAAUAAUAAAAUAAUUUGUUGAUUAAAAGCUGUAUAAAUAAAAUUAAAAUGACAACAGCUCUUGGAAGGUUUCAAAUACCAAAAAUUGUAUCAGAUCAACAUCGUCCUGGUGUUGUCAAAAUAAUGAAUGCCAUGGAGGAACACAUUGAAGGUUCUGGUGGCAGUUAUACAUGGAGUCUUGAUGAUUUUGAAAUUGGUGCACCACUUGGUCGUGGUAAAUUUGGACGUGUUUAUUUAGCUCGUGAAAAAACAACUCACUACAUGGUGGCAUUGAAGACUCUAUACAAAUCAGAAUUAGUCAAUGGACGUGUAGAAAAACAAGCACUACGUGAAAUUGAAAUUCAAUCACAUUUAAGACAUCCAAAUAUUCUUCAGCUAUUAACGUAUUUUCAUGAUGAAAAAAAAAUUUUUUUAGUACUUGAAUUUGCUGCAAAUGGUGAACUGUAUAAAGAAAUGAAACGACAACCUAAUGAAAGAUUCAAUGAGCAUUUGUCAGCAAAGUACACUUAUCAAGUUGCUGAUGCUCUUAUUUUUUGUCACAAAAAUAAUGUUAUUCAUCGAGAUAUUAAACCAGAAAAUUUGUUGAUUGAUGCUGAUGGUAAUAUCAAGCUUGCUGAUUUUGGUUGGUCUGUUCAUGCACCAUCAUCAAAACGUAAUACAUUAUGUGGAACACUUGAUUACCUGCCACCAGAAAUUGUUCAAGGUCAAACUUAUAAUAUUUUUAUUGAUCAUUGGUGUCUGGGAAUUUUAUGCUAUGAAUUUCUCGUUGGACGUCCACCAUUUUUGAGUGAUUCUCAACAAGAAACAUAUUCUAAAAUAAAAAGUGUUCAAAUUAAAUGGCCAAUUCAAAUAACACCUGGUGCUAAAGAUCUCAUAUCAAAGCUCAUUAAAAAACACAGCCACGAGAGAAUUCCUCUUCCUGCUGUUAAAAAACAUUACUGGAUCGUUGAAAAUAAAGAUAAACCAGCUUAAAUUUUAAUAUAAAACAUUUUUUUUAUUAUAAAUAAACUAGUAAUAACAAUGUGAAAGAUUAAUUUUUCUUUUUUA